AUGUCGGGUUACGCAGGCGCUGGCGGCGGCGGCGGCCACUACGAUGAUGGCUACGGCCAGCAAGGCCAUGGUGACUCUUACUACCAAGAUGAACAUGCCCAGGGGUAUUACGAUAACCAGGGCUAUGGAGAUGGCUACUACGACCAAGGACACGGUUACUACGGUGCAGAAGGUGGUGCCCAUGGUGCCGAGGCUGGCCACGGAUACGCCGAUGGAGGAUACUACGAAGGUGGUCACCAAGACCAGUACUACGGCGACCAGUACUACGAUCAGGGCCAGGGAGAAUACGGACGUGGCCGACGGGGACACGACUCCGAGGCAGACUCUGAGACCUUCAGUGAUUUCACCAUGAGGUCGGAGACUGCCCGUGCUGCCGACAUGGACUACUACGGCCGGGGAGACGACCAGUACAACAGUUACACCGACAGUCAAUACGGCCGCGGCGGCUACGGCUACCGCCCUCCUUCAUCCCAGAUAUCCUAUGGUGCCAACCGUUCAUCUGGUGCCUCGACUCCGGUCUACGGAAUGGAUUAUGGGAACGCUUUACCUGCUGGCCAGCGUUCGCGUGAGCCGUACCCAGCUUGGAGUGCUGAUGCCCAGAUCCCUCUCUCGAAGGAGGAGCUUGAGGAUAUCUUCUUGGAUCUAGUCAACAAGUUCGGAUUCCAGCGCGACAGCAUGCGGAACAUGUACGACCACAUGAUGACCAUGUUGGAUUCCCGCGCGUCGCGUAUGACGCCUAACCAAGCCCUGCUCUCCAUCCACGCCGAUUACAUCGGUGGCCACAACGCCAACUACCGCCGGUGGUACUUCGCCGCUCAUCUCGAUCUCGACGAUGCCGUGGGUUUCGCCAACAUGAAACUGGGCAAGGCCGAUCGUAAGACUCGCAAGGCCCGCAAGGCUGCCCAGAAGGCCGCCAAGAAGAACCCAGAGAACGAGGAGGAAACUCUCGAGGCUUUGGAAGGUGAUAACAGCUUGGAAGCCGCCGAAUACCGUUGGAAGUCGCGCAUGAACCGUAUGUCUCAGCACGACCGCGCCCGUCAAGUCGCUUUGUACCUGCUCUGUUGGGGUGAAGCCAACCAAGUUCGAUUCCUGCCCGAGUGUUUGUGCUUCAUUUUCAAGUGCGCCGACGAUUACUAUUCCUCACCCGAAUGUCAGAACCGUGUCGAGCCUUACUGCCGUGAUCAGGGAUACGAGAUCAUGGACGGCAAGUACGUUCGUCGUGAGAAUGACCACAACAAGAUCAUCGGUUAUGAUGAUAUGAACCAGCUCUUUUGGUACCCCGAGGGUAUUGAGCGAAUUUCCUUCGAAGACAAAACCCGUCUUGUCGAUGUUCCUGUCGCUGAACGUUGGCCCAAGCUGAAGGAUGUUGUGUGGAAGAAGGCCUUCUUCAAGACUUACAAGGAGACUCGAUCCUGGUUCCACAUGGUCACCAACUUCAACCGUAUCUGGGUCAUCCAUUUGUGUUCAUUCUGGUUCUUCACUGCUUACAACGCUCCAACACUCUACACACCGAACUAUCAGCAACAGCUUGACAAUAAGCCGAUUACCCCCAGAUACUUGGCUGCCGUCGGUUUUGGAGGUGUUCUCGCCGCUUUCAUUCAGAUUUUUGCGACUAUCACUGAAUGGCUUUACGUUCCGCGUCGUUGGGCUGGAGCUCAGCAUCUGCGUAAGCGUUUCUUCUUCCUCCUGGGUGUCUUCAUCGUCAAUCUUGUUCCUGGUGUGAUUAUCUUCGGUUUCUUGGAUAAGCUGCCAACGAGCGCACGAAACCCGGUGGGCCUCGCUCUGGGUAUUGUUCACUUCGUCAUCGCACUUUUGACAGCCGUCUUCUUCGCGAUCCAGCCCCUUGGUGCCCUCUUUGGAAGCUAUUUGAAGAAACACGGCCGUCAGUAUGUCGCCAGUCAAACGUUCACAGCCAGUUUCCCUCAUUUGUCAGGCAACGACAUGUGGAUGUCCUAUGGUCUCUGGGUUUGUGUUUUCGGUGCUAAGUUGGCUGAGUCUUACUUCUUCUUGACCCUGUCCUUCAAGGAUCCUAUUCGCAUUCUGUCUCCAAUGCAGAUUCACCAGUGCACUGGUGCCCAGUACAUUGGCAACGCAGUGUGCCACCGCCAGCCGCAGAUUCUGCUGGGUUUGAUGUUCUUCAUGGACCUGACUCUUUUCUUCCUGGACAGCUAUUUGUGGUACAUUAUUUGUAACACUAUUUUCUCCGUGGCGCGUUCAUUCUACCUUGGUGUCUCCAUUUGGUCUCCCUGGAGAAACAUCUUCUCCCGUCUGCCCAAGCGUAUAUACUCCAAGGUCCUGGCUACCACUGACAUGGAGAUUAAGUACAAGCCCAAGGUCCUGAUCUCGCAGGUUUGGAACGCCAUCAUCAUCUCCAUGUACCGCGAGCACCUUUUGGCCAUCGACCAUGUGCAGAAGUUGCUGUACCACCAGGUUCCAUCUGAGCAGGAAGGCAAGCGGACUCUCCGUGCCCCUACCUUCUUCGUCUCCCAGGAGGAUCAGUCCUUCAAGACCGAAUUCUUCCCUCAAGGUAGUGAGGCAGAGCGUCGCAUUUCGUUCUUUGCCCAGUCGCUCUCUACUCCCAUGCCUGAGCCGCUUCCCGUCGACAACAUGCCUACUUUCACCGUCCUCAUCCCUCACUACAGCGAAAAGAUCCUACUCUCCCUGCGUGAGAUCAUCCGUGAAGAUGAGCCGUACUCUCGUGUCACGCUCUUGGAAUACCUCAAGCAGCUCCACCCUCACGAGUGGGAUUGCUUUGUCAAAGACACAAAGAUUCUCGCCGACGAGACUUCCCAGUUCAACGGCGAGAAGCCCGAAAAGGAUGCAGCCAAGAGCAAAAUUGAUGACCUUCCCUUCUACUGCAUUGGCUUCAAGUCCGCCGCUCCCGAGUACACCCUUCGCACACGUAUCUGGGCAUCUCUUCGCUCCCAGACUCUAUACAGAACUGUCUCCGGUUUCAUGAACUACAGCCGUGCUAUCAAGCUUCUGUACCGUGUUGAGAACCCCGAAGUUGUUCAGAUGUUUGGUGGCAACUCCGAGAAGCUGGAGCGUGAGCUGGAGCGUAUGGCCCGCCGCAAGUUCCGCAUCUGUGUCUCCAUGCAACGCUACGCCAAGUUCAACAAGGAUGAGCGUGAGAACACUGAGUUCUUGCUGCGUGCUUACCCGGACCUGCAAAUCGCUUACCUGGAUGAGGAGCCCCCCGCGACUGAGGGUGAGGAGCCCCGCCUGUACUCUGCUCUCAUCGACGGCCACUGUGAACUUCUCGACAACAACAUGCGUAAGCCCAAGUUCAGAAUCCAGCUUUCCGGUAACCCCAUUCUCGGAGACGGAAAGAGUGACAACCAGAAUCACGCCAUUAUCUUCUAUCGCGGUGAAUACAUUCAGUUGAUUGACGCCAACCAGGACAACUAUCUCGAGGAGUGCCUCAAGAUUCGCAGUGUCCUGGCUGAGUUCGAGGAAUUGACCACCGACAACGUUUCGCCCUACACCCCUGGUAUCGCCUCGCCUGAUAGCAAUCCUGUCGCUAUUCUUGGAGCUCGUGAAUACAUUUUCUCUGAGAGCGUUGGUGUCCUGGGUGACGUUGCUGCCUCCAAGGAACAAACAUUCGGUACUCUGUUCGCUCGUACGCUUGCCCAGAUCGGUGGUAAGCUGCAUUAUGGUCACCCAGAUUUCCUGAACGCUACCUUCAUGUGUACCCGUGGUGGUGUGUCCAAGGCUCAGAAGGGAUUGCAUCUUAACGAGGAUAUUUACGCUGGUAUGAACGCCAUCCUUCGUGGAGGUCGCAUCAAGCACUGCGAGUACUAUCAGUGUGGUAAGGGUCGUGAUCUUGGUUUCGGUUCUAUUCUGAACUUCACCACGAAGAUUGGUACUGGUAUGGGUGAACAGAUGCUGUCGCGAGAGUACUACUACCUUGGUACCCAGCUGCCUCUCGAUCGCUUCUUGUCAUUCUACUACGCCCAUCCUGGUUUCCAUCUUAACAACAUGUUCAUUAUGUUGUCUGUGCAGAUGUUCAUGAUUGUCCUGAUCAACCUGGGUGCCCUGAAGCAUGAGACUAUCAUGUGCCGGUUCAACUCUGACCUUCCCAUUACUGAUCCUCUCCAGCCGACUCUCUGUGCCAACCUGAUUCCCAUCUUGGACUGGGUUAACCGUUGUGUUAUCUCCAUUUUCAUUGUGUUCUUCAUCUCCUUCGUUCCUCUCGCUGUUCAAGAAUUGACAGAACGAGGUGUGUGGCGUAUGGCUACCCGUCUGGCUAAGCACUUUGGUUCAUUCUCCUUCAUGUUCGAAGUGUUUGUAUGCCAAAUCUACGCCAACGCUGUUCACCAGAACUUGUCUUUCGGAGGUGCGCGCUACAUCGGUACAGGUCGUGGUUUCGCUACUGCCCGUAUUCCCUUCGGUGUGCUCUACUCGCGUUUCGCUGGUCCCUCCAUCUACGCUGGUGCUCGUCUCCUGCUGAUGCUCUUGUUCUCCACCACCACUGUCUGGACUCCUGCCCUCAUUUGGUUCUGGGUUUCUCUGCUCGCGCUGUGCAUCUCGCCGUUCCUGUUCAACCCUCACCAGUUUGCCUGGAACGACUUCUUCAUCGAUUACCGUGACUACAUCCGCUGGCUGUCGCGUGGUAACUCCCGAUCGCACGCAUCCUCCUGGAUUGGUUUCUGUCGUCUCUCGCGUACCCGCAUUACUGGAUACAAGCGCAAGCUUCUUGGUGUUCCAUCCGAGAAGGGCAACGGAGAUGUUCCCAGAGCGCGCAUCACCAACAUCUUCUUCAGUGAAAUAAUUGCACCUCUGGUCGUUGUCGGUGCCACUCUGGUUCCCUACCUGUACAUCAACUCCCGGACCAUGUUCUCUGAUGAUAACAAGUGGGCGGCGAACCCCAUCGCUCGUAUUGCCAUCGUCGCUUUCGCCCCGAUUGGUAUCAACGCUGGUGUUGCGGGCAUGUUCUUCGGUAUGGCUUGUUGUAUGGGUCCCAUCUUCGGCAUGUGCUGCAAGAAGUUCGGUGCUGUCCUCGCCGCCAUAGCUCACGCCAUCGCCGUCAUCGCCUUCCUCAUCUUCUUCCUGGCCAUGUUUGUUUUGGAGUCUCUCAACUGGCCUCGAACCAUCUCUGGCAUGAUCGCCGUCAUGGCUCUGCAGCGAUUCGUCUACAAGCUCAUCAUUUCUCUUGCCUUGACCCGUGAGUUCAAGAAUGAUCAAUCCAACAUUGCUUGGUGGACGGGUAAAUGGUACAACAUGGGUUGGCACUCGCUUUCCCAGCCCGGACGUGAAUUCCUUUGCAAGAUCACCGAGCUUGGUUACUUCGCCAACGAUUUCGUCCUCGGCCACAUUCUCUUGUUUGCGAUGCUUCCAGCCCUCGCCAUUCCCUACGUUGACAAGUUCCACUCUGUAAUUCUGUUCUGGCUCCGCCCCAGUCGGCAAAUCCGCCCCCCUAUCUACUCACUCAAGCAGUCCAAGCUACGCAAGAGACGUGUUGUUCGUUUCGCCAUUCUCUACUUCGUCAUGCUCGUCAUUUUCGUUGUAAUCGUCGCCGCCCCCAUCGUUCUGCGCAACACCAAGAUGCUGGACUCCUUCCUCAAGGACACUCUCUGGGGUGUAAUCGGUGUUCAGAAGCAGGGUGCUAUUGGACUUCUCCAACCUCUGGACCAUGGACUUAACGACACCGUCAAAUGGUUCACAGGCAGCGGUCUUCCCGGUGGUUACUCAUCCUCGGCCAUCCCUACGCCUUCUGCCGGCUCAGAUAGCUGGUACAUCUAA